ACUACGGUGUAAGUCUAGGGGAGCACGUGCUGCCAUAGCCACAGCCACUGUGGCUGAAGCUGCAGCUCAGAUGCCUCUAGCCACUAAACGUUACACGUAGUCGCGUCUCCGCAACAAUCAAUUAAACGCGACAGAACUUCAGCUGAGAGGAAUUCACGUAGGCCCCCCACUAACACUUCCUUCCGCGCAUAACCAUAAAAAAAAAGAGCCAAGAAGUAGAAGGGGGAAAUAAACGAAGGGAAACAAUGUCUGCCUUCUUGCGUACCGCAUCCCGCGCCGUCGCCCGGCCGGCCACCGCCGCGCGCUCCUUCAGCACGACUUCCCCGCGCCCAGUCGCCCGCAUCACCAUCAUCGGCAACCUGGCCGACGUGCCCGAGACGCGCGCCUCGAGCACCGGCCGCGAGUACAUCCGAUACGCCGUCGCGAGCAACUCGGGGCCCCGCGACAACCGCAAGACCAGCUGGUUCCAGGUCAGCUCGUUCGUCGAGGGCGUCCAGAAGGACUUUAUCGCAUCGCUUCCCAAGGGGACUUUGGUCUUGGUUGAGGGCGAUGUGAGCAUCUCGACGUACACUGAUGCAGAGAACAAGCCUCGCCAGGGACUCAACGUUGUACAACGCAACCUGGAGGUUCUGCGCCGCCCGCCCGGCUCCUAUGUCGAGGCUGGUGAGCAUGAGGGCGAGGGUGCGCCACAGUAGAUGGCCGUCACACACAGUUGAGCCCCUGAUUAUUCUUCACAUUAGAGUCGCCAAUCUGUUGGCAUGGCGCCCUGAACGAUACUCUCUUCUCUGGAUCGUGGGUUUUUGUCUCUAGGCGACCGGGACAUGCUGUAUUAAUUUUUAACGAUGUCUCUGGGGUACGAUACCAAUGUACGAUUCUAUUCACACAUAACACAUCUUCCGGCGACGAUGCUAGGAGAUUGCUGGACUUCUUGCGCCCCGUCCUGUACCGAGUACAGAGCUUCGCAGCUAUUUGUGAUCCAAGUCUGAUGAAUACAUCCAACCCUUCGCUCUCUUUGAGCGCCAA